AAUGCCUAUAUAAUUAAAAACAAAUGAUGUUAUGAAAACCCAAAUCUGUGCUGAAAAUGUAUAGCGUUAGACGAAAGGAAUGCAGCGAGGUCUAUUCAGCUGAGCUACGCAUGAGCAGACAGACAUGCAGUUGACGUUUCAUUAUUUAGAAUAGGGCUCCCAUUGGGAUUAUAGUUUCUAUGCCAGAUAAAUAUGCUAAAGAAACGCCCAUGCAAGCUUACAUAACUUUAAUACAUUUGAGUGGUGGUAGCAGACCCCAGAAACUUUGUAAUGCAGUGUAUUGCAUUUGUAUGUAGCCUCUAAAGCAAUGCUACCUUGGCAAACGAUGGCAGCUAAACACUAUCAAACUCAUUUAAAUAUUUGGGGUUACUUUUAUUAAUAAUUAUUGCUUUACGGAUACUGGAGCUUUAACUAUACCAGUCGACCACGCCCACUCCCCUUUCCCCGCCCCUGGAAACAAAUCUAGGCAUGACAAAGCCGUUGCUAAGGACGCCCCAAGAUGACUGCUUCCAGUAAACAGCAAAGAAAUACCAGAUACUACAUCGGGGACGUUAAACAUCAACUCCGUGAUGGAUUCGGGGUGUACGUAUAUCCGAAUAGCUUCUUUCGUUAUGAAGGAGAGUGGAAAGCGGGGCAAAAGCACGGACACGGGAAGUUAUUAAUGAAGGAUGGGAGUUACUAUGAAGGGGAGUUUUCCUGCGGAGAAAUAGAUGGGAAUGGGUUAAGAUACUGGGCAUCUUCAGGUAACACAUAUUCAGGGCAGUUUCGCUGUGGAGAGCUCCAUGGAUUUGGUGUGAUGCAGUAUGGCGAUGGCAGUCGAUAUGAGGGAGAGUUUUCUUAUGGUUUGAGAGAAGGACAUGGUUUUCUGCUGGACAAGGAGGGACAUGCUUACCAAGGUUCUUUCCAUAACAAUAAGAAGCAUGGAGAAGGGCAGAUGACUUGCAGGAAUGGGGAUCAGUAUGAAGGAGGUUGGAUACUGGACCAGAGACAAGGUCAUGGCGUGCUUCGUUUUAUAGACGGCUCAAUCUAUGAGGGUCAGUGGAGAAACAGCCUUUUCAAUGGCCAGGGGAGCAUGAUUCACUGCUCGGGUGUCAUUUACGAAGGCAUGUGGACGAAUGGACAGCCUGCUGGUGGGGCGAGUAAGAUUGUGAUUGAGGGAGGGGAUGUCCUUGAGGUGUUCCAGGACUCCCCGUUUACUGUUGAAGUCCAACUCCAAAACAACGAGGGAGAAAUGACUGCAGGUGAGAGUGGCCGUGUCCUGAAGCUCUCAGCUGGUGUCCGAUACACAGAACUCCCUCCCAGCUGCUCCUCCACCGCCUUCCUAAAGCUGAUUGAAGACAUGGAAGAAAAACCUUUUCCAACGCCAUUCGGCUUUGAGUGUAUUAGCUACCCUUUGAUGGAGAAGAUGCUUGAAAGAGACCACUCCAGAGGCUCAGCCCCCCUUGCGGUGACUAAAUCUGGAUUUGUGCUGACUGACUCCCCAAUCCCUGAGGGCGAAGUGGAGUCUGGAAGUGGAUCAGACACCAUGGGCGGCAGGGGUGCACCCCCCAGAAACCUGGAUGGAAACCUGCAGUUCUCAGGGUCAGAGGAUGAUUGGCAACCCCCUCCAGCCAAUCAGAGAGUAGAAGCAGGCUGUGCUAAAUACCAAAAUGUCAUGCUUGCCCCUCCUCCCACAAACUACCGGGCUUUUCUGGUGAUGGAUGAACUGGAAAAGCAAAAAGCAGCUAAGAAGCCAGCUGGCAGAGCUUCUUCAGAGAAACUGACAUCAUCCCUGGACAGAAGUGCUGACAGCAGAUCCAACAUAGUGAGCCACGUGGGAGGUAAUUCAAAGAGCAGCCUUGCAGACAGCGUGAACGUGAGAGCAGGUGAAUAUGUGAUUAUGGUCCAGGACGUGACCAGCCCACCGUUCCUUAACCACCCUCUACCGCCAGCGUUUGUGCUUCUCAGAGUCAUUCCCCCAAAGAACGGCAAGAACAGCAAGAGUGUCAGAAAGGAAAGCAAGUGAUCACACCAGUCAGGGCAGCUCCUUGCAAACUAAUAUGUGAGUUUUUCCUAGCAGGGAUCACCAUGUGUGUGUUUUACAGUACAUUUUCAUUCCAAAUUAUUUGAUUGAAGACAAAAGCAUGGAGAUAUUGGCAAUUCAAAAGGGGCUCUAAUGUUUAUUUUAUAAUGUUUAAGAAAACCUCAGUACCUUGUAUUGUUUUUUUUUGUUUCUUGUUUUUUUUUACUGUAUGUGAAGCAUAUCAUAAAAUGUGCAGCCCCUUCUCGUUUGUGUCUCAUUUUCUGCAUCAACUUGGCAGUGUCAGAUUCUGUCAACACAGUCAUUGACGUUUGUGACAUCUGCUGUUAUUUCUCGCAAAUAUGCGAAAGAACGUUGUUGACAACUGCAAUAAUAAUAAUAAUAAUAAUAAUAAUAAUAAUAAUAAUAAUAAUAAUAAUAAUAAUGCCACCACUUGUUUGAGAUGUAUUAUUAAAUAUGCAGACUGCGAAAAAAUGGAAAGAGAAAAAAACAUUUUCAGUUGGUGGUCCGAUAGUUGCCCUCAUCUUUACCCCUUGGUUUUGAUGUGCUUUUGUUCAGAACUUGGCAUCUUAUUCACAAGUUUUUUACCAAUACUGUA